UUUUUUGCUUUAAGGCCUUAAACUUCGUUUUAAGAUUAAUCACAUUUUCUUAUUGCAAUUUGUAGUUUUUAAUCUUGUUUUCUGCAGUCGGAACAUGUUUGGAUCUCCAGUGGACUUUUCAUUUAGGGAGCUCAACACAGUUUCAGACAUGCUCUCUGAUGAGCCUAAUCCAGGCACUCGUCCGCUAAAGCGUGACUCAGAGCAGAAGAUCCUCAGUGCAACGCUCAGACUCAACAACAACUUUCUCUCUGACUUGACGGGACUGAUGGACACGCUCUCCGCUCUUUACGCUGAGCCCACGCGUCUGGCCUGGCUCGACAUCUCCUUCAACGAGUUUCAACACAUCCACCCAGUUCUCACUCAACUUAAAGAGCUACGCUUGUUGUAUCUGCAUGGAAACCGUAUUUGUAAGUUGUCAGAAGUGGAUAAACUUGCUGUGUUGCCGUUUCUCCACACCAUCACUCUGCACGGCAAUCCCAUAGUGACCGAGCGUGACUACAGGGCACAUUUGAUCGGCACCCUUCCUCAUGCGAAGAUGAUUGAUUUCAGCGCUGUGACUAAACAGGAACGGGAGUUGACUUCAGUUUGGCAGAGGAGCAGAAACCCACACAAAUCCAUGAGUCACAGCAAAGUGGACUGAACCUUCUCCAUCCGACAUCCUGAUAUUCUAAUAAACAUGAAUGUGGAGUUACAGCUACGGUUUGAUCUGCAACAGAGAGGCUGACUUUAAAUCUAGCCUCCUUCAAAACAGUAAAAUAGUAGUAGACCUGGAGUUGCUUUAGUCAGCCAGAGUGUUUCUUCAUUAGUUGUUGAUGAAGCCACAUGAAUAAGUGGUGAAACAUCUUAAGCAACAGAAAAACGUCCAUUUAACUAGAACAUCUUUAAAGCCAUGGCACAACGUUUCUUUGAGAACUGCAAUUAGCAAUUCAAGAAUGGAUGAACAAAGUUUUCUCCUUGCACUCACCACCAAUGUAUAUCUGCUACACACAAGACAAAAAAAAUUAUGCUUUAUAAUUUUGAAAGACUUUAAUGCAUAUUUUCAUUCAACAAAAACAGUUUUAGCAGAAUAUUGAGACUAAAUUUUUGGUACUAGCCUAAGAAGAGUUAUCUCUGUAAAUCAGGUAGUAUUCCAUAAUUAGGUAACAGACAAACAAACAAACUUGAGCACUAAUAGUAAACUGCAACAGAAAAAGUAUUGCAGCGCAUUUUAUCCCUUUAAAAAUCUCAAAGAAAGGCAAAAGUGCCUUGCCAUGAUCAAGAGAGCGAAUUGUGCCACACUGUCUGUGAGCUUGCAUAAAUAUAUAAAAUCAAAAUAAAUAAUUACACAAACAUACUGUGUGGCAUUUCAAACUCUGUCAGGAUUCAGGAAAGAACGCUAGCUGUUUGAAUUCACUAAUUAGUUCCUUGUUUUCAGGCACAACAGCAAAAAAAAAAAUAAAUAAAACUAGACUAAGUUAAAGCAAUGUAAUAAUAUAUUUUUAUGAUGUUAAAAGUGAAACAGUUAAGGUAAAAGCGUCCCGUUUGCUUAGCUAAAAACAAGCUACGGAUCGUAGAGCCGUUUACACUUCCCACUACACAAGUAUUAAUCAUUCAUCUCAAAUCAUUUUACACUCUGUACAUUAAAGGUAUUGACACAAAAACAUCAUUUACAAUCUACGAAUUCCCGCCGCAACAACUCAGACCCACUUCCCCGUCCAAAUCACCAGGAUUUGGUGGUAUGAUUAUUCGUUAGACAGGCCACGCUAUUCUGGCUCGGUUUAACCGGUGUUUUUUUUUUUUUUUACAAUAAGACUGCAUGACCGUUUGAAAGUUAUAGGAAAGGUGCACAGUAAG